AUGCCUCGCCGAGUUCGUCCACCGACACGUUACCCAGCAGGAGGAAAACUUCAAACAUUGACGACGAAAGGAAGCAAGGCGAAAGCAGUUCCUGAACCGCCAGCAUCUAAAUCUAAAUCAAAACCAUCACAAGCAUCUGGCGCAAAAUCGAAGGCACCAAGCUCACCAAAACAACAGAAAGCUGCAGGACCAAAACGGUCGGAACCAUCGACGAGCUUACCCAAGCAACGGGAAGUUCCAAGUCCAGUGGAACCACACCCGAGAAGAUCCCGCUCCGAGUCGCGCUUGUCCAGCAACAGCGGCGACGAAGAUUUCCAACCCUCGAUUCGCGUUCGAAAUGCUUCCGAGUCGCGUUUAUACAGAAGUCGCCAACAGAUCGCUCUACAGGACAUUUACCGGCUGCAAUCGACCACCCAGUUGCUAAUUCCAAAGUUGUCAUUUUCCCGAGUCAUCCGCGAAGUGCUGAUGGAGUACAUGUACCGGGACUUUCGUAUCACGACCGAAUGCCUCAAUGCCCUCCAGGAAGCGUCCGAAAUGUACCUGGUGCAGGUGUUUGAGGAUUCGUACCGCUGCUGUCUACACCGGAACCGGGUAACGCUGGAUGUGCCGGACAUGAAGCUGGCCCUGUACCUGCGGGAGAAAUGGCGCCCUUAG